ACAUGAAGGUAAUUUCUGACUCUCACCGACGUUCCGCCUCCCCGACUGUCGACGUCGUCCGACGGCACCACCCAUAUAGUACUAUAACCAAGAUAAUUAUUAUCCAAGCACAAGCUCCACGGAGAAUUCGCCCUCUUCCGUGGCAAGUAAAGUGGCUGUGCACUUUCUAUAAGGGCGUCUAAGCAAUUCCUAAUUGGUUAUUUCAUUGCGGAGUUCAUCUACUAGCUUAUAAACGUGGUUGGAAACAGUAUUUCUGUAUUAGGAUUGAUAAUCCACUCUUCGUUUCUUCACUAGUUGGUUCCUGGUUCUGUAGUAGCUUCGUAAAUCCUACGACCCCACUUGACUCUAUUCCCUUACUUGUUCCUUUAUACGUUGAGAUGGGGUAGAUAGAUCCAGUAUUUCACUUACUUAAAGGUGUGAUUCUCCUCGGGAACUCAUCGAUAUGAUCAACUGAAAUCAAAGACCUUAAUCUAACAAAACUACCACCAUGGCCGAGAAGAUUGACAAAAUAUACGAAGACGCUAUUGCAGCGGGUCUGCUUCCCGGCGCCUCGGUUUUCGCAGGAGAUAAAGAUGGGAACAUACUUUACUCGAAAUCGUUCGGAAAGGCCAGCCUCAAGGAAGGCAAAAACGAGCCUUUCACUGAGUCAACCAUUGCAAGCAUCGCCUCAAUGACCAAGAUCAUGACCUCGGUGGCUGCUCUGCAAUGCGUCGAGGACGGAACUCUCGGAUUAGAUAAGGACCUCAAGCCCUUGUUACCUGAUAUUGGAAAGCAAGGUGUGGUCACCGGUUUCGAUGACGAGAAGAACGAUGUCAUCCUCGAACCCGUUUCCACUCCAUACACCCUUAGGUUGUUACUCACUCACACAUCCGGCUAUGAGUACGACUGGUUUAACCCGCAUCUUACGAAAUGGCGCGCCUCGCGCGGGGAAGCGCUUUGGUUCGGCAAAACUGUCGAGGAGAAAGCCGCCUUACCCGUAUUUCAACCGGGGACGGGUUUCGCGUACGGCACAGGAUAUGAGUGGACCGGCAGGGCCAUCGAAAGGGCAUCGGGAUCCACACUCGAGGAUUUCAUGCGCGAGCGCAUCUGGAAGCCCUUGGGGAUCGAAAACGACACCAGCUUCUGGCCUAAGACGAAAGAGGGAAUGAAAGAUAGGAUAGCUGACGCAGGCACACUGGAGAACGGGCCACCGGUCGUGCACACUGACAACUUCGAUACUUUAGUCGGGUCAAAGGAUUGUCUUGGAGGCGCGGGUGUCAAUACGACUGCGAAAGCGUACUAUACAUUCCUCUCUGCAGUCCUGCGGCGUGACGCCAGGCUCUUGAAGCCGUCGUCAUACGAUGAAUUGUUCCGCCCGCAGCUCGAUGAGCGGUGUGAGCAGGCGCUCAACGAUUACAUCGCCUUGUCCCCUAUCCACACGAAUUAUCUAGGGAUGCAGGUCCCGCCGUCGGUAAGGAAGACGUGGAGCUUUGCGGGAAUGUUAGCGAAGGAGCCCCAAGAGGGACGACUUGUAGCAGGAACUGCGCUUUGGGGUGGAUUUCCUAGUUGUGCGUGGUUCAUCGAUAAUGAGACCGGGAUAUGUGGGACGGCUAUUUGCCAGGUCAUUCCAGCGAUGCACCCUGAUAUAAUGGCGUUGCAUGAGAGAUUCCAUAAGGCUGUGUUUGAGCAAGUUAAAAGAAAAUAAGAUGGUGAUGUUCUCUUUUCCCCAUGUAGGAAAUGGUCAACACGGAGAUAAGGAUUCGACGAUUUAGGUACGAAAUAUAUACAACUACUUA